AGAGCGACGCGUUACUUCCGGGUUCGCAGAUGAGUCGUGAUCCUGGAGCGGAGAUGAAGAACCACCGGGACCGAGCGGAGGAGAAGUAACCGAGAAGAGCGAGGAGGUCCCGGCCGUCAGGGAGGAGAGAGUCCCGGGGGAGGAACUGAGCUGACAGCGGAGGACUGGAACCGAUAACCUUCAACUGGUAAAACUCACUGGAACACAUAACUUCCAGUGAAACAAAUAACCUUCAACUGAUGAAACUCACUGGAACAAAUAACUUCCACUGGAUCAAAUAACCUUCAACUGGUAAAACAAACUGGAACCAAUAACUUCCGCUGAAACAAAUAACCUUCAACUGGUAAAACUAACUGGAACCAAUAAAUUCCACUGGAUCAAAUAACCUUUAACUGAUGAAACUCACUGGAAAGAGUAACUUUCACUGGACCAAAUAACUUUCAACUGGUAAAACCAACUGGAAAGAGUAACUUUCACUGGACCAAAUAACUUUCAACUGGUAAAACCAACUGGAAAGAGUAACUUUCACUGGACCAAAUAACUUUCAACUGGUAAAACCAACUGGAAAGAGUAACUUUCACUGGAUCAAAAAACCUUCAACUGGUAAAACUCACUGGAACCAAUAACCUUCGUGGGUGGAGUCCCACCCUCGAUGAGGAGCCUCUCUGCUCAGGUGUUUGACCUCAGAUCCUCCAGGUGAUCAACAGCUAAACCAACCGCCCCAAUGGAGAAAUACGAGAAACUGGCAAAAAUUGGCGAGGGCUCCUACGGCGUGGUGUUCAAAUGCAAACACAGGGACACGGGUCAAGUAGUGGCCAUCAAGAAGUUCGUGGAGUCCGAGGACGACCCGGUGAUCAAGAAGAUUGCCCUGAGAGAAAUACGUAUGCUGAAGCAGCUGAAACACGUGAAUCUGGUCAACCUGCUGGAGGUGUUCAGGAGGAAGAGACGGCUCCACCUGGUGUUUGAGUUCUGUGAGCAGACGGUUCUCAACGAGCUGGACAAACACCCCCGAGGGGUCCCUGAGGCUCAGCUGAAGAGCAUCGUGUGGCAGACGCUGCAGGCCGUCAACUUCUGCCACAAACACAACUGCAUCCACCGAGACGUGAAGCCUGAGAACAUCCUCCUCACCAAAACCGGAGUCAUCAAGCUCUGCGACUUCGGCUUCGCCCGCAUCCUGACAGGACCGGAGGAUGACUACACAGACUACGUGGCGACCCGCUGGUACCGGGCCCCGGAGCUGCUGGUCGGAGACACCCAGUACGGGCCUCCUGUGGACGUGUGGGCUCUGGGCUGCGUCUUCGCGGAGCUGCUCCACGGGAACCCGCUCUGGCCCGGGAAGUCCGACGUGGACCAGCUCUACCUCAUCCGAAAAACUCUAGGUGACCUGAUCCCUCGUCACCAGCAGGUCUUUCGCUCCAACGUGUUCUUCAGUGGAGUCAGUAUUCCUGAGCCGGACACAACGGAGCCGUUAGAGAAGCGUUUCCACGGAGGCUCCUCUCAGGCCCUCCACGUCAUGAAGUCGUGCCUGGUGAUGGACCCGUCUCACCGCCUGUCCUGUGAGGAGCUGCUGGAGCUGCCGUAUUUCCAGGAAGAAGGAGGAGCCAACUGGGGCCGCGAGGUCGAGCGCCCGGGAAGACGGCACGACAAAGGCUCCCGUCGCCGGCAGGCCGGGGCCCAGUACCUGCCUCAGUUACCAAACAGCAACAUCUCACCAGCACCAGAUAUGAAGAAACUGGUGAAGCAUAAAUAUCACCUGCCCAACAUCUAGCAAACACUUUAGCACCUGCUCCUCGUGUCCGGGGUCGAGUUUUUACUUUUGUUUCC